GAAAAGCGAAAGUGAGAGAGAACGAAUCAGUGCAAAACAAAUUAAACGACAAUUUUUUUCUUGGAAUCAUCCUCGCGAAUAAAGAAGAGGCGCUACGCAAGCAAUAAUCAAUUUGUGGGUCCUCAAUUUGUGAAAAACCUUCUCCCUCUUCAUCGCAUCCGGGACCAUCUGCUCCGUUUCCUUCCUGCUCAGCGUUAGUGGAAGAAAGUGAAGAAAGCAGAUGCCCAGAUAAAGGAUAAAGAGGUGGUCGAAGAUGUGUGUUUGCGGUGUGGCGCUUGCAACCAGGAAACCACAAACCCACCCACCAAGUGACCAACUGUAGAAAGUGAUACCGAAAGUGUACAAAUCCUUUGGUCCUCGACCCCCGCGACCAGCUUUACGGUGCUACGCGGAAGUCAAAGUCAAGUGCAGAGGGGUAAAUUGCGUCGCACAAGCUUUUGGUAGUCAGGGCCAGGCUGCCUCUAGACCUAGGAGGGAAGGGGUGAUACUAGGGUUUGAGGAACGACAUUGAGAAGGAGAAAGUUGGCCCGGAGGGCGCUGUCUGGUGGCACUGGGAGUACCAGACUUGUACCAAACCGUACCAGCUGUGGUGUGUGACCCGUGAUGAACAGAAGCCCGAACUGGGGCCAGCUGCCAGCCCUCGCGAUAACUAACAUCUUCCAGCAUCUGAAUCAUCGGGAUCGGCUCAACGCAUCGACACUAUGCUGGCAUUGGCGUUCGGUCAUUUUUCAGCCCAGGUUCUUCGAUCGCAUUCAGUUUGAUGUGGCGCGCGAGAACAACAAGAAGAAUGGGUUCUUCCUGCAGAAGCUGGCGCAUAUCGUGAGAGAGGUGAAGAUCUCGUUCGAUUCGUGCAACCUAUACGAUGUCGAACUGACGACGGAAAUCCUCUACAAGUUGUGCAAAAGUGCUCGCCUGUUGAGCAUUACCAUCCUGCCAAAAUACGCCAGCUUGGUAACACCGGGACGCUUCUACUCUGAAGAUGAAUGGGAAUACAUUCUGAAAUUAUUCGUUCAACCUCUGAAGCUGCUGCUCAAUCGCAAGAAUCCUCCGCUCCGAGUGUUAGAUCUGGGAUGCUCCGAAAUCCUGGCGCUUCACGCAUCGGACUUUCUAAACUGCACCUCCAGACCACAGUGUUUGGAAGAGCUUUGUUUUGCAACGGUGAAGCAAGAUCCGGGUCACUAUCCUCUCGGUCUCAUCGAACCGACGUUGUUUGAAAAGUGUAGUACACUGCGCGUGCUCUCGCUAGACUACGACAUUCUUUCCGAUGAGCUGUUGCAUACGCUGCAGCUGUUACCACUGAGACAGCUUGUUGUGCAUGUACAUGGCAUCGACGAGGACCAUCCGGGUGUGUCAGAGUCAGCUUGGGCAAGCUUCCGGGGCAAGAAUCCUCAGACCGAUCUACAUCUUUCGCUCGUGUGUGCAUACGAAGCCGUUGACAUACUGCAUACGCACAUCCUGCGCCCUUCGAUGCCAUUAUCCCACCUAAAGGUGUUGUUCUGCGAACGGAUCAAUUGUGAAGCGCUCGAGUAUCUGUCGCGUAACUACAAAGACACAUUGCGUAGCAUGGUCUGGAUUGAUUCGAUGCGUAUCGAGGAAUACCGUAACAUCAUGGAGCUGGUGCUGCGUACGGAACAAGAUCCUCUCGUGAUGAUGGCUUGGCGUUGCAAGAAGCUGCAAGAAAUCGUUAUCCACGGAUAUGUACUCGACCCGCACAACUUGGUCGGUGUGUCGCGUUUAAGAGGCCGUGAGCUACGGCUAUUAGAGGUAUCGCGUGUCGAUCUUUCAAUCUCUUCCGUAAUGAUGGCACCAUUCAUCGAGGAAAUAAGUACACAACUUGGCCAAAAGUGGUGCCCCCUUGAUACGAAAACUCUUCCACCGGCGCUUGGUUUUUAUCCGGUGUCGGACGAGGUACGUGAUCAAUACAUUUUAAAAUUUAUUCGCAAGGACAUACUGCAUUAGGAGGAAGAAUAAUGCCUGCCAAUCAACAGCACGCGUAUAUUGAUGUGCAUUUCCCUCACUGAAUGGAAUGCUGAUGAUAGUACGGUCAGUUUUAGAAUAAUCAAAAGCUUAUAACAAUUAUGGCCGAAUGGCAACUGGCCCCAAAAACUGACGUAUCUCCAGAGAGAUCCGAUGAAAUCGAUAGCAACAACACCUGAAAGACGAUAGUAAUGUUGUAAGCUAUGGUCGCAUCGUCGCACGUUAAUCCUUAACGAUAGCUGUGAACCGAUUUAAGGCUAACGCGAUUUAUCAUCAACUGUGUUUAGGGUUACUCGUUUCCUUGAAAGCAGGACAAAGAGAACCAACAAACAAUUUAUUUAUUAACAAUAUCUCACACCUAUAGAAAAAUGGAACGAAGGAAACAUAGAGAGAAAAUGAAGCGAUCAAGUCAGAGCGGAUAUACCGACGAACAACGUAACGUACACAUGUCCAAGACGAAGUGAGUGCUAUAAUACCGAUAAGAUCAGACAAUUGUGAUGUAUUGUUUAUGAACAUCGACACACACACACACAGUGCCCCCGCCUGAAAUCCACGAAGCGGAAGCCAAAUGGUCUAUUAAAAGUGAUGGCUCUAUCAUGCUGUGCUGGAAAAAAGAAAGGUUAUCACAACCAAAUUGGCCAUCAGCAGAGAAGUAGAAGCGCAGAGAUAAGUCUCAUGUUAAAGAACACAAAACACAAUCAAUCUGUGAUGGGAAUUACCACGUUAGGUUUUUUUUCUCCCUCCCUUGAUCUUAGAAAUAGUUUUUCCUAUUGUUCGACAGUUUAAUUGUCUGAAGCUAUUUCAUUUGGCUAUCUCAUUUUUCACAGCCAGUUUGUUGGAUUGUUACCAAAUUAAAUGUUUUUUAUUGUUCUUAAGAGUUGAUUAAAUGUGAAAGAGAAAAAGAGAAGUAGAGCAAAAGAGAGAAAAUUCUAUUUAGAAGCAGAAAAAGCAGAAAUACAUUUACAACAGAAGGUUGAAGCAGGAGCAGAAGAGUCACGAAAGCGAUGAUAAUUUUUAGAAAACGUGUUGAACGUAACAUUUGGCAUAGACCAAUUACCACAGAGAAGACUGCAUCAUCAAACUCCAGAGAGAAAAGCUAACAAACUGCGCCCGAUCUAUGCUGGAUUUAAAUCUAUUAUCCUAUUUAUUAUUCCAAUCAUAAGUUAUACAAGAAACCACGCAGCAGGUGAAUGAGCCCUUUUGUUGGCCAUUAUAACGGAGACGAGUGAAGGAAACGGUAGUAAGAUGUGCAAUUUGGAGACGCGCGUGAUGGCUUACGCUGGCUGGAAAGGGAAUUGACAAAUGCAUUCCACAUAGAGGCCAAGAACCCGGACUCCACAUGGAAGCAACAAUACAAUAGUCAUAUCCCAUGUCAGUUGGAGCACAAAGGAUUCGCAUAUAUGGGUAUUACCAGCGGAUAAGUACUACCCACGUUUUACCCAAUACAAUGAUAACGAAAGGAGAGAAAGUUUCGUGUUGGUAAUGAAAAAUAAUAGCUUAAUUUGGUCCCGUAACUAUGAUGCUUUGCCGAUACCAAAGUAAGGUAUGAAUCCAAUAGAUACCACAAAGCAGAAAUGAAAGUCGGAAAAAUACUAGCACAAAAUUUUACCAAUACUUAAAAUAUCGCAUACCGUCCCUUCCAUACGAAAAAGUGUUUAACAUUCAAAUCUGAAACAAAAAUCGAAUGCAAACGACACCAUAGAGAACUAGCGCGCCUGGAAAGACAACAAACGGAGAUAUAUAUAUAUUGAGUUUUCAUACAAAAGUUAAAGAAAAGAUAGUAAGAUGAACUAUACCUAACUAACGAAAGGUAAAACCAAUAUUGUUCAAGCAGAAACAAGCUGGUAAGAGAUGAACACAAACUAGAUUUUUUUAAGAUUCACGAGAAGGGAACAAAACUGUCAGUUACAACAAUCCGUGCCUACGAUAAAGCUGCAGACAACCUGUGCAUACAUCACGUUUCAAUGUAAAAUCGAAAUCGAGGAGACCCAACAAUCAGUCUCAACAAUCGAACUCUCCUCAGUUCCACUAAACCUUUGCCCGCAAACAAUGGUAAACUAUGCAAGUUCCGACCCUAACAGGAGAAAAAGGAAUGUUGUGAAGGUUGUAUCCAGCUGCGAAUGCAAACGAAGUCAACUAUUGUAGCUACAUCACUAGAUCGGAUAAGGAAAUGGGAGGAAAUAUGGCAAUGUAUUAUACAAAAAGUGGCAAACGAAAUCAUGCAUGCGUUUUAGAGGGGCCACAAAGAAGCAUAGAGAAAAAGAGGACAACAAAAACAGAUAAACAAACAAACAAUGUAACAAACAAUUCCUUUACAUAAACAAAAGAAACUUACAUCUGUGAUACUGUCGGUAAAAAGGGUAGGACGAAUUCGAACGAAGGCCAGCGUAGCAAAGCUCCACCGCGUGUGAUUGUUGCACGGGCGAUAUUUUAUCGAAAUGCAGAAUAUUCUCCACAUAAUAACAAUCUGCAGGCGAACGAAAAUGCAAAAUGACGACACUCGAUGAUAAAGUGAAUUGUAAAACACAUGAGACUUACACGUUAACCAUAACGGCGGUAUGAUCAAAACAAAAAAGAACUACUUAAAAGAACUGAGCCAACAGCACGAGGAUCCAGAGGCAUGUUAUUUAUAGAAGCAUCCUGAAGAAGAGUAACAAGCGAUCUUCUGUGACCGUAUCACCACACCACGAGAAGGUGUAGAGAGAAUAGAGAAUGCGCUCACAUAAUAAGCAGAAAAGAACCAUCUGACCUCACUUAUGCCGUCGUGUAAUAGCGGAAAGCACGUAUAUCGAUCAACAACCGGCAUGUUGAUGGAAGCUUUGGUUUAUAGAAGUGCCGUAUGCGAGGAAAGCACCAUCGUCGUGUGUACGGUAUUGUCCAAGAUUGUCUCUGAUAUGGCACCGAUGGUACGAUCGAAUCGAGCGAUUCUGGGAUGAACCUGGGACGCAAGCAAUCUCUUGUAAUUAUGUCUCAAAUGAAUCAGUAGUUAAAGGUAUUUUAGUUUCUUUCAAAUUAACAUUCUAUAACCAUCAACAAUAAAUUCGGUAAUCGGUCUAUCAAAUUUACCAUUCUGCCUAUCCUGACACCUUCUUUUAAUAUUUCAUUUCGCUGCAAAGUAGAGAGAAAAUGAAAAUGCUUUAUCUGCUUGAUGUUAUUUGCAUUGGAGCUAAUAAUUAUUUAAUAAAUACAACUACAGGCUUCCUGCUACCCUAUUAACACGGAAGCAAUAAAUUAGCAGACAUUGACCGAUUGGAAGGUGCAAAUCUGAAAAGAAUAAUGAAUAAUGAUAUAUCUAUAUAUGCACUUAUAAAUAUCUGUAAGGAUACAAACAUGAUAAAACAUAUUUGAAUAUGUAUGUAUCCAUGCGUGUGAGUUUUGCUUUCAACAUAUAAGAAGCUAUUAGAUUGAAUACAUAUGCUAGUUGAAUGUUGACGACUGUCCAUUUCCCUUUCAUCCCUGUCAUGAAAGCCUCUAUGCAGUCAAAUGUCCGUUUUCAUAGAACAUUCAAGCCUUCUCAUCUUCUUGAAAAAGAGGUCUAAUCAUUGGUUUGGCGUCAAACUAUUCAUUAUUAUUCUGGGCGAUUUCCUUCGGAGAGACAGUUGAUUUGAAUUUCCUACAUACCCAAAUGUAUGUGCUUUUCUAGCUAAAAGUGGGUUAGCUAUGGGAAGAGAAUUGUUUUAAUCCUUUCAAUACUUUAUUGCACAAGUGCCUAUUCUUUUUGGAACUUCUUGCAUAUGAUGUAACGUUUAAUAGAUUCCCUUGAAGGUCACCGGACAUGGGAUCCCUUCUUUGGUUACGCAUUCAUAAAAGGGUCAUCUUUGACAUCACUAUUUGCGUUAUACAAACGCCGCUCAAAAAACGGAAGCGAAGGACACUGUCGAUGAGCGCAAAGAAAAGCUAUAUAAAUAUGCAAACUACAGAGCACCGACGGAAGCGAUCGAGGUAUUGCUAAAGCAAAAGCAAAAGCAAAAUACAUGUGCGAAACCACAUAUGCUAUAGUGAGAUUAGGACAAGAGAAAUGGACACUACUACCAACUUUUUCUAAACAUCGACGAUUUCAGAGCCAAAACACACAUGAAUAAGAAGUUGUCUUUGGAACACGAUACAGAUCGAUAGAAAAGAGAGUAAAUACAAAUAGAAGUCAUUUUUCCGGGGUUCGAAUCAAAACAGGCCAAAUGGAACCCCUAGCGAAGAAGAAUAGAUUACAAACAACGAACUAUGUUACUCGAGCGAAAUGUGAAACAGAUAUGCAACGCGCAAUGAGAGCAAAGAAGUAAAAAAGAGUGCGUUCUUAACGAAUAGUGUGUGACAAUAUCUGAGCGGGAAACAACCAAGAAUGCUUCUAGCUAAAUAAAUGAAUCAAAGAAAUAGAUAAUCAGGCGCCAACCGGUACACGUGUCAGCAAACGAACAUUCCAGUGAAACCUAAUCGUUAAAUCAAACCACUGCAAUUGGUGGAUGUAGCAAUCAAAGUAAAACAAAUGUUUAAACAACAGAAACGCAAAAUGCUAAGAUAAAACUGACAAAAUCAAGACAAACAGAUGAACAGAAACAGAUUUAUAAACGUAGAACACAACCGAUAGCGAAUACAUACCAACCCACCAUAAGACAAAAUCGGAAUCCUGUAAAUGAAGCAUUUGAUCUGGAACACAUACCUACCAGCGAGUGUAUGUUAGCAUAGGAAAAUACACACUAGGACUACUCAGUACGCGAUUGGAAUGUGUGCAUCAAACGAGAGCCACAUCCCUUGAUAAGAACACCAAUAAACCGCAUGGAUGUCGGAUGGAACGGUCCACCUAGAGAGUAGACGAUUUAUGGCUCAAACACCAAUAGAAAAUCACCAAAUAUCCCCGGGAAAGCGUCGCAAACCGCGUUUUGGUAAUUGUAAGAACGCGCGAGAAGGGAUGAAAAUCAAAACAACAUCUGUGAUAACACAAGAACUUAAAUCCAAGACAGAGAGGAAGCUGUGCAAACACUAACGAAAGAUAGUAACAUAAACCGCGGGAGAAGACGACAGUCAAACAACAAACAACAGUUGGUGGAAGGGUAGAAGUGAGGAGGUGUGGUGGGGAUGAUUAAAGGGGGACACUAAAAAUGUCCCCAACUCGUGUUAUUUAUGUUUUAUGUAUUUUUAGUUACUUUUCCUUUUUCGGUUUUGAAAUCUUGUAACGAGCAGCAAAUAAAUGAAAUAAUUUGGAACCGUACCAUGAUCACCAGGCCAAAUUCAGUCGAGAUGUGUAAAACACCAUUUUAUUUUAAAUAACUAAAAGAACCAUAAAAUCUAAAUUACAGUGAAUGGUAAGCUUUGACCUGUGAUGUAGCGAGAAAUGCGGCAAGUAGAAAAUGCAUCAGCCAGGGUGUUACGAGAGCAUCGCCCAUAUAAAUCAUAGCUGUCGCAUGUGAAUUUUCAGCCCACAAUAUCCUUGGUUUUUUUUAUUUUUUCUGCAAAGAUAACUCAAUUAAAAGGUAAAUUUUAGAGCUUCCGAUAGCGUUUUUCUCAGUUGCACCUUUUUGCUCAUAGAACUAAUUUCCACCAUGGACAAAGAAGCUAAUCGCAACGGUCCACUCAAAUCGAGAUGGGAUUUAGUAUUUUCCAUUUAAUUUUACCAACCGAAUAUCAGACCACCUUGGUAGGAAUACUAAAUACUAAAGAUAAACAAUCCUGUGUGGAUAUGGCGGCUUAUUUUGGAAACGUAUAAUAGCAAUAUGGCGUAAUAACCCCGCAGUUUCCACGCUUCUCUUCAACUCCAAUGUUCAAACGCAUGAAGAUGAUAAACAGCGAAUCACGGAUAUAAAAUAAGAGAAUCAAAGGAACCACUAUUAUUGUAUCCCGAACGCUAUUUCAUGAAUUAAACUCGAUGAAUAAACCCAUGCGACACCAGGUAUCAAUCAGAAGUGGAUAAUUUUCACCAAAAUUCCCCAUUUCUUUCACUAGUAUGUUUAAAAAGCAAAACGCAAUUGUACAUUUCAUUUUCAAUUUACGUAAUUCAAAUCUUACUUUGGCAUACAUUUCUAAUAGCUAAAUACAAAGAUGAUGACCACUCAAACCGCGGACAACGCAAAUCAACGAACAAGUUUCAUGUUGCUGUCGAUCCGGUUAAGUCUGGUUGCUGCUUUCCUACCUUUGUCUUGUCAUGAUCUCGCGCAUGGUUCGGAUGAGUUUUGUUUUCUUAUAACGCUACCACUGACCCCUUUCGUGCGGUUGGACGAAAGAGGUGCUCUAAAAUCUCACAGAAAAAAAACAUUCCAAAAGCCAAGCCAACAUACAUAAGUGAGCCGGCCCUACUCGGCCAGGGAGAGUAGGAAUACGGUGGCCACUGGCUACUAGCUAACGAUGACGCUUUUUCCUAUCCUAAGAACAAUGCUUACAAAUAAUCAAUAGAAAAAUGCAAUAAAAAGAUAACCUCCUCCUCUUUCCCAUCCUGCACACAUGCCACAGGGGCCGUGGCGAUGUCCUUGGACGGCAGGAGGAGGUUUUCCGGUUUGGGAAUGUUUCCGUUUGCAGCCCAUACUUGUUGCGCCAGCCAGAUUAGGUCGAUGUGACACCUUUCCGUGCGACCAACAGAUUGAGAAUCGGGUUUUUCCGGAUGUAGCUUACGGCUUUCUUGUGCGUGACCAUCGUGAAAUCGUAU